AUGGUGCUUAGGUUUGUUGUAGCUAAUGAUGUUGGACCUAAAUCCAGAACUUGCGCUGCACACCACGCUGAUGAAUCCGGAAGUGACGUGAACAAGUUGUCCUGCAAAACGAGCUGUCGGCAACCUGCAAGUGCCGCAGCGAGUAAAAAUAGCUCUAGCCCCGCCUCCCCUCACACAAAUACGGCAACAUACUCUUGCCUAAAACGUCUUUCCGUACCUGGAUUAAAGGAAUAUGAAAAUACGCUAAAUGUGAUCAAGAAAAUUGCAAAAUCGGGCCCAGAUACAGAUUCUAAGGCAUCAGAAGAACCUGAAGGAACCUUUGCCAAGAUAAUCCAAGCCAACAAAGAAAUUGCCAAGGAUGUACAUCAAGGUGACUUGUUAAAAACAACUGGACGCAGCGCUAUGUCCUGCACAGAGUGCUUGUGGCCCAAAUCUGCCAAUGGAACCGUUAUUGUGCCUUAUUCUUUUUCUUCAAAUUACGGUAGUUUGAACCUUGCCUUGUUUAAGACGUCAAUGGAGGAUUUCGAAACCCUUACUUGCAUUAGGUUUGUGCCUCGGACAACGGAGAAGGACUAUAUCAGUAUUGUGUCUGCACAGGGGUGUGUAUCAUAUUUGGGAAAAAUAGGUGGCGUUCAGAUGGUUGGACUAGAUAUCAAUGGUUGUAUGUUUAAAGGAACUAUACAACAUGAGCUAAACCAUGCACUGGGGUUCUACCAUGAGCAAACAAGGAGUGACCGGGAUAACUAUGUCACCAUCAUGUAUCAAAAUAUAGCACCAGCUUACACUGGAAAUUUUGACAAGCAAAACACUAACAAUCUUGGUCUGGAGUAUGAUUUUGGAUCAGUGAUGCAUUACAGCAGGUUUGCAUUCAGUAACACCUCAGGACAACCAACUAUUGUGACCAAACCUGACCCAAACAUCCCAAUUGGACAAAGAGAUGGACUAAGUGUUCUAGAUGUCUCUAAAAUCAACCGAUUGUAUCAAUGCGAUGUCUGUGCUUAUUUACUUAAUGAGAAGAAUGGAAGUCUAACCUCCGGCAACUACCCAUCAGCCUACCCUAAUAAUGCCAGCUGUGUUUGGCGGAUCAAAACACCAUCAGAUCAGGUUACAUUAAACAUUGUUGCCUUUGAUGUCCAGUCGUCACCCAAUUGUAUUUCUGACUAUAUUAGGAUUUAUGAUGGUCCCACUAAGAGAGAUCCCCUUUUGUUGGACAGUACUUGUGGCACUGGGUUGAUCCCUCCAAUUAUUGCAUCUACUAACCAGUUAUUGGUUGAAUUUUCCAGUGACAACAGUGGUACUGGGGUAGGCUUUAAAGCCUUAUACAGCUCAGUGCAAUGUGGAGGAACAUUCUUUACUCCUGGAAGAAACGUUACAUCCCCCUGGUACCCCUAUUACUAUCGUCCAAACAUGAAUUGCAACUACACCAUUACAGCUCCUGUUGGAAAGACGAUUUCCUUGACGGUUACUGAUUUUCAGAUAGAAGAUAGUCAGUUCUGCCUACAUGACUAUUUAGAGAUCCUGGAUGGGUCCACCUUGAAAGGUCGAUUCUGUGGGAACUAUGCAAUCCCCUCUUUUACUUCUCAAAGCAAUACACUGUGGCUGAGAUUUGUUAGUGAUGGCAGAGUUCAGUCUAGAGGCUUCCAGGCAUCAUAUAAAUUUGUGUAACUGAAGAUCAUCAGGCCCCAGAUUAUAGUGAAGUUCUACCAGUUCUCUCUACAUCACCAUUAACAUUACAUUUACAUAACAUUCUUGACUUUCUUUUACUUUACAAAAUUGCAGUUAAUGCUAGUAUAGAGAUUAAGAAAUUCUUUCAUAUGAUUUUUCAG